AUGUCCUCGGAGCUCGACUUAGACCAGCUCUCGGAGAGCGAGAGAACUGCGCUAGAGACGUACAUGGCCGUGACGAGCCAGGAAACUUCAGAAGCAAUUCCUCUACUGCGACGGUCCCAAUGGAAUGUUCAGAUCGCCAUAUCCAAGUUCUUCGACGGGGAAGGCCCCGAUCCGCUCGAAGAGGCGCGUUCAGCUCUUCAUCAGACGCCGCCUCCGCAACCAACCCGAAGAACCCAGAACCUCAUGACUGAAGACCUGACUGAACAACUGUCUCGGGUUUCUCGCGCAGCUCGUGCUACAGACCCCGCCCCGCGAGUUGACACACAAUCCGGAGAUCAACCCGUUUACCGUCCGCCAUUCAUCCUUGCCCUACUUUUCACCCCCUUCAAUCUAGUCUACAGACUCCUCUGCAGUUCUUUCCGCCUAUUUGGGACGUUAUUCCCUUUCUUGCCACGCUUGUUCAAUGCGACCGCAAACCCCGCACUGCAAGGUGCUCGCCGGAAUACCACUGGCCGUCGGACCCUGGCCCCCAAGGAUACAGCCGCACGAUUCAUCCGUGAGUUUGAAGAGGAGUAUGGCUCUCACCCGAUCCCGUUCCUGGAGAAUGGAUACAAUAUGGCGCUAGAGAAAGCCCACCGCGACUUGAAGUUCCUACUGGUCGUUCUACUGGCUCCAGAGCACGACGAUACGAAUAGCUGGGUCCAUGAUACUCUGUUGGCACCGGAAGUGUUGGAGUUCAUCAACGACCCUCAAAACAACAUGCUGGUAUGGGGAGGUAAUGUGCAGGACUCUGAGGCCUACCAGGUAGCCAAUUCGUUGCGCGUGACGAAAUUCCCCUUUGCAGCAGUCGUCGUCCACACCCCAAGUGUGUCAUCAACCGCUAUGUCAGUCGUGGGCAGAAUCGCAGGUAUCACGUCAUCAUCUGAGGUUGUGAACAAGCUCCGGACAGUCGCCUCCUCGAACCAAGAACCAAUCGAGCGACUGCGAUCCUCCCGCGCCGAGCAGCAAGCCUCGCGCAGCCUCCGCGAAGAACAAGACUCCGCCUACGAGCGGUCGCUGGCGAUCGACAGGGAGCGAGCCCGUCAGCGACGGGAAGCCGAAGCAGCGCGUCAACGCGAAGAACAGGAAGCUGUCGGCCGCCAAGCGGCGGAGGAGCGGCAGCGUCGCGACCUCGCUCAGUGGAAGGUUUGGCGCGCACAGUCCCUUAGCGCAGAGCCCGGACCCGAUGUGAAGGAUGCCGUGCGGAUUAGCGUUCGGCUCCCAUCCGGCGAGCGGAUCAUGCGCAAGUUCUCUCCCAGUGCGGACAUGGAAGAGCUCUAUGCGGUUGUGGAGUGUUACGAGGUCUUACAGGAUUCAGAGCAACCUAAGGCGACUGAACCUGAAGGGUUCGAGCAUCAAUACACAUUUCGAUUGGUUUCCCCGAUGCCCCGGACGGUGUACCCCGUGGAGGAAGGCGGUUCAAUUGGAGAGAAGAUCGGCCGCGGUGGAAAUCUGCUAGUGGAGCCCAUUGAGGAAGAUGAAGACGAAGAUGGAGCAACUGAUAUGUCCUAUUGA